AUGUCGUCCAAUUUUGAGGCUAGCAACAACAGCAGCAGCAGCAAUGGCGAGGAGAAGAAGCGGCAGGUGGUGUGCGUGACGGGAGCCGGAGGGUUCAUCGGGUCGUGGGUGGUGAAGGAGCUCCUGCUCCGUGGCUACCGCGUCAGGGGAACCGCCAGGGAUCCUGCUGACAGCAAGAAUGCUCACCUGCUCGAGCUGGAGGGAGCCGAGGAGAGGCUCUCCCUCUGCCGCGCCGACGUCCUCGACGCCGGCAGCCUCCGCGCCGCCUUCAGUGGGUGCGACGGCGUCUUCCACGUCGCCUCCCCGGUGUCCAACGACCCUGACCUGGUUCCGGUCGCGGUGGAGGGGACGAGGAACGUGAUCAACGCGGCGGCGGACAUGGGCGUGCGCCGCGUCGUGUUCACGUCCUCCUACGGCGCCGUGCACAUGAACCCCAGCAGGAGCCCCGACGCCGUCCUCGACGAGUCCUGCUGGAGCGACUACGAAUUCUGCAAGCAAACGGACAACCUGUACUGCUGCGCGAAGAUGAUGGCGGAGAUGACGGCGACGGAGGAGGCGGAGAAGAGGGGGCUGGAGCUGGCGGUGGUGAUACCGUCGAUGACGAUGGGCCCCAUGCUGCAGCAGACGCUCAACUUCAGCAGCAACCACGUCGCCCGCUACCUCAUGGGCACCAAGAGGUCCUACCCCAACGCCGUCGCCGCCUACGUCGACGUCCGCGACGUCGCCCGCGGGCACGUCCUCGUCUACGAGCGCCCCGACGCCCGCGGCCGCUACCUCUGCAUCGGCGCCGUCGUCCACCGCGCCGACCUCCUCCGCAUGCUCAAGGACCUCUUCCCCUACUACCCCGCCACCGCAAAGUGUGAGGAUGACGGGAAGCCGAUGGCGAAGCCGUACAGGUUCUCGAACCAGAGGCUCAAGGAUUUGGGCUUGGAAUUCACUCCACUGAGGAAGAGCUUGCACGAGGCGGUUUUAUGCAUGCAGCAGAAGGGUCACCUGCCUCUGAUUUAUCCCGUGCCAAAACGUGCAUACCUAUAA